AUGAUAUUAAUGCAGAAAGAAAGAGCGGAAAUUAUAUUUGUAUUAUUAUUAUUUUAUAUAAUAGCAAAUGCCAGAUUAGAGCAAAACGAUAUACUAUACAUACAUAUGCAAAGCAUUGGCUCUACUAAAUUUAAAAUACGAGUUAACCCAGAAGGGCCAUUAGGAUUAAUUCGUGCAAAAAUAAGUUAUGACGAAGGAUAUCUAUUUAAUAAGCGGAUAUUUUCCUCUGAAAUAGAUAUUGACUAUGGCUUAAUAUUAAACUCAGAGGAGAAUUUUUAUAUAAGAAACUAUGGCAAAGACAAGACAUUUGUUAUACAUAAAAAUGCAGGCGAAUUAGAAGAGUAUAGAAGAAACUAUCAUAAUGUGUUGAUUAGUAUGUUUUCGCCUGUAAAUGACUGUUUAUACAUUUAUCCAAUAGAGGAGAAAAAUGACUCAUUCUUUAUUUUUCUUAAAAACUUGAAAAGCCCCAUACAUGCAUAUAAAAUACUUGGCUCAUUACUUCUACUCUCAGAAGGGAUGGAUAUACUACUAACACUUGAGGGACAAAACCAAACAGAGAAAACACUUGUUUUAUUAAAGAAAAAAGAUAAUAAUGAAGGCGUAGAAGAGGAUUGUACUUUUAAUAUGAACAUAUCCCUUUCUAUCGCGGAAAAUAGUAAUAAUUCAAAAAAAUCAAAAAUAUGUGUAUACCAAAAAGAAACAGAAAACAUUAUCCAGUUUUUUAUAGACUGUAAGAACAGCCCGCUUAUACAAAAAGAAGAAAAUAUGUCUGAACCAACUUCAUUAAAGGAGCUAAAAAGGGGAAAGUUUUUAACUAGUGCAAGGUGGCUCAUUCAACUAUAUAUAUACGAAUAUAUAGAUACUGCAGAUCAAAUGAUGGAAUUUAUACGUGUAGUAUAUAACUUAGUUAAUAAAAACAGGUUCUAUACUAAGAAAAACAGUGACCAAGAAAGAAAAGAGACAAAUAUUAUUCUUAAGUGUUUUAUGUUCAUUUCUAGCGAUGCAGAAUCCGAUAAUUUACUUAAUAAUAUACAGUAUAUUAAAAGUUAUACUAGUAUACUAAAUAAACCACAAGAGAAAGUGACUCCAUUUAGUAAAGAAGAACACCUGUCUUCAUAUGACUCUAAUAAUGUAUUUGGCAAACUUCCGUGGAGAUUUCUCCAUAUGGGAAAAACUACUACUAAUAAUUCAUCUGAAGCCGCGUUACUGGCGCUUUUCUGUUAUUUUGCAUUUGAUCCCACUACAAAUACGUACUCCAUGGAUCAUAUUGAACCAGAGCGCAGCAAGCUAAAAAACUUCUUUCAAAAGUACAGGGUGCCAGAGAAAGAAAUAAGCAUCCAAAUGAUGAACGACUGGGUAUUCCUCCUAAGAAAAACGUUGGACAAUUCUACUUUAUUCCUAAAUGAAGAAAUAAAAAUUAGCAUUGCUCCUGGGAUUGUUAAUAUGCUAUAUAUAAUACUAAAACUAAUAGGUAUUUGUAAUUCCAAAAACGAUAGAAAUUCCAGGCUUAAUGAGAUAUUACAGAAAAUAAGCCUGGCGCACCCUGUGCAUUGCACAGACACUAUUUUCUUAGACAUACAAGAGUAUCUAACGUAUAUAUUUAAGCAGGCAUCUAGAAGCUGCUCUUAUAGGCCAAAUAGUAAUGAAAAUCAUAAAAUUAGCGAGAUAGAAGUAGAGAUCUCCUGGCUAAAGUCUAUACUACGCAAUGAACAAAUUGAUAUACUUGGAAAUAUUACAGUGAAAUACACAAGAGAUGGUGUGAUUAGCUUGCUAAAAAUAGAGCAUCUUCCUAGAUUAAUACAGUUUUUUAUUCUUCCAGAGGAAAAAACCGUGCCAAACAGUGUGCAGGCACAACUACAUAAACUUAAAAAACAACAACCCCCGCCAUUCACUUUUACACAGUGUAUGAUUGCAUAUUAUAUAGAAAAGAAAGAACUAAAUUUCAUUUCCUCUAGAUACAGCCUAUCCGCGCCAAUUAUACAGAUUAAAGCCAUAUCAAACACCGCGCAAGAGUUCAUUGCUGCCUUGUUUCUAUAUAAAAAGAUAGAAUCCAACUGGUAUAAAGAAGAAAUACUCGCAGGGAUUUUAAUGCGAGUAAUUGGAAUAACUCUAUCGGAUGAAAACCAUAUUGUGAGAUUAUGCAGUAAUAUAUUUGGAAGCAUGGCCCUAAACAAAAAAAACAUUACAACCCUGCCAUUAGCUUGUAUUCUAUACAGUAAAAUAUAUAAACAUAGUUUAAUACAUAAAAAAUUGAAAGUAGAAAGCGCGCACUAUUUCAAUGCUAUAGAAAAAAUAGAGUGCCGUAAAUUAGCGCUAAUUUUUAGAUAUAUAAUCAACACUAAUUCGCAAUAUGCCAUUUUAAAGUGGAUAAAUACUCAUUUGAACACAUCUAAAGUAGUAUAUACAUGGUCACUAUCAAGUAUAUUUUCUAUGAUAUCUUCAUUAGAAAUAGUUGUAAUGACUAAAUGCUUAACAAAUAAUUAUGCCAAUAUAGAUAAUAUUGUGUCUAUUGUGAAAAAUGAGAAAACCAACAAUUUGCUAAUUAAGCCUAUUCAUUCUAAUACAAAAAGCACUUCAAGCCUUUUACUAAUCUUUAUUGGCGCAUUGUGCCAGGAAGGCAAGUGUAAAGGGCAUAUAAUGAACUUAUUUAAAAUGAUUGAUGUCUGUGCUGAGUAUGGUAUAAUUGAUUGUGACUUAUGGAGUGCCGAGUAUCACAAAAAUAUUAUAACUAGACUAAAUUCAAUGAAAGAAUACAUAUACAAAAACGUUCCUACAAUGAAUGCUGAUCGGUUUUCAAAAGUACUUGAAUGUUAUCAAAACAGUGCAUGUAUUUAUGCUCGGUGA